UCACUAAUCCCUACCACUUUAUCCUCAAAAUUGAAGUUUUAAGUUCUCCUCCCCCCCCAAAACACCCCACUUCUUAUCACCUCUUCCUCAUUCCUCACCUACCCAUUAAAAGAGAACUAUUACAAACAAGGUUUUUACUCUCUUCAUGAGCCAAAGAGAGAGCAAUUGAGCAUAGAAAAGAAAUGUGUCGGCGGGGGGUCGCGGUUUUCGCACUAUUCUUGUGUCUCGUCGGCCGGUGGCCGGCCGUGGACGGCGAGGACCCGUAUCUCUACUUCACGUGGAACGUCACGUACGGCACGAUCUCGCCGCUGGGAUUUCCCCAGCAGGCCAUCCUCAUCAACGGCCAGUUCCCCGGCCCGAACAUCAACUCGACCACCAACGAUAACAUUGUUGUGAAUGUGUACAAUUUUCUCGACGAGCCAUUCCUCCUUUCGUGGAAUGGCAUCCAACAGAGGAAGAACUCGUGGCAGGACGGCGUGGCGGGGACGAACUGCCCCAUCCCUUCCGGCGGGAACUUCACUUACCACUUCCAGGUGAAGGACCAGAUCGGCAGCUUCUUCUACUUCCCCUCGGUCGGCACGCAGAAGGCCGCGGGGGGCUUCGGCGGCCUCCGGGUCAACAGCCGCCUCCUCAUCCCCGUCCCCUUCCCCGCGCCAGCCGACGACUUCACCGUCCUCAUUGGCGACUGGCAGGCCAAGUCCCACAAGUCGCUCACGCGCCGCCUCGACUCCGGCCUCGCCCUCGGCCGUCCUGCUGGUGUCCUCAUUAACGGCCACAGCGGCCGGGACGCCGCCACCGGCCGCGACGACCCCCCUCUGUUCGCCGUCAAGGCCGGACAGACGUACCGGUUCCGAAUCUGCAAUGUGGGGACCAAAACCUCCCUGAACUUCCGGAUUCAGGAUCACUCCAUGAAGCUCGUAGAAAUGGACGGAUCGCACACCAUGCAGAAUAAUUAUGACUCUCUCGACGUGCACCUAGGCCAGUGCAUGUCGGUGCUCGUCGCAGCCAACCGGCCCCCGAGAGACUACUAUAUGGUCGCGUCGACGUGCUUUACCAAGUAUCUCCUCACCGCCACCGCCGUCAUCCGGUACGCGGGAUCGACGACCGCACCGCCGUCGCAGGAAAUUCCGCCGGCACCGACCGGCUGGGCGUGGAGUUUCAACCAAUGGCGGUCCUUCCGGUGGAACCUCACCGCCAGCGCCGCACGGCCCAACCCGCAGGGGUCCUACCACUACGGCGCCAUCAAAAUCACCCGGACCAUCAAGCUCGUAAACUCUGCGGGCCGCGUCGACGGGAAGCGCCGGUACGGGCUCAACGGUGUGUCGCACGUGAGCUCCCCGACGCCGUUCAAGCUCUCCGAGUACUUUGGCAUUACCGGGCGCGAAUUCAGGUACCAGAUCAUCGGGGACGAGCCGUCCAAGCCAGACGCACCGAUGAUCGCUGCGCCGAAUGUCAUCAACGUGACGCACCGGAAUUAUGUGGAGAUCAUCCUCGAGAACCCCGAGCCGAGCGUCCAGGCCUAUCACUUGAACGGCUACUCUUUUUUCGCCGUAGGGAUGGGAGGCGGGAAGUGGACGCCCGCAAGCCGGAAAGGGUACAAUCUACUCGACGCGGUGAGCCGACACGCGAUCCAAGUGUUCCCGAAGUCCUGGUCGGCGAUCAUGCUUGCGUUCGACAAUGUGGGGAUGUGGAACCUCCGGUCGGAGCUGCUGGACAGGCAGUACCUGGGGCAGCAGCUCUACAUCAGCGUCGUGUCGCCAACGCGGUCGAUAAGGGAUGAGUACAACAUGCCGCCGAAUGCGCUUCUCUGUGGAGCCGUCGUCGGCUUGCCCACGCCGCCGCCGUAUUCUUGAACAGCAAGUGGCAGUUUUGCUAUUUGGAAACGGACCAAAAAUUCUUGAACAGCAAAUGGCAGUAGUUUUGCUCUUUGAGAACGGACCUAGAGUAGGCAGAAGAGGGGGAGAGAUGUAGAGAGGAUUGGUUAGAAAAAAGAGGCAUCCCCCAAUUUUGGUUUUGUUUAUUUCUACUGCUAGAUUUUUUUUUUUUUUUGGCAAUACAGCAAUUAAUGUCUCAGAAUUUAGUUCUAUAAUGUUUUAUCAUCACGUGGCACCAAAGUAAAUCCUUC